AUGAUUUCCGUCAAUGGACCAUAUGCAGGCGACUACUCGUCCUUGUGUCAAUUUCAAGGAUUUGCACUUCAAAUGUUUCCGAUCGCCGAUGUACUUUGGACAUUCGCUAUGGCCCUGGACACGUACCUCGUGGUCUUCCAUCGUUUCGAUACCCAUUCACUACACAAACUUGAGAAAUACUAUCUUUCGAUUAUAACUAUCGUCACAUUCAUUCCGGCCCUGGUAUUUUUAUUUAUUCGAACACCAGCGAAGGGUCCUGUAUACGGCAGUGAGAAGAUAUGGUGCUCCAUAUCCCCAAAAUGGGUGGUCCUUCGGAUCGUGCUAUAUUACGCGCCCGUGUGGCUCGUGAUCGCCAUUGUCCUAGUAUUAUACUUUCUGAUCGGCGUCGAGAUCUCACGUUUACGAGACGAAUUCAAAUUAACCGAGGACUCCGAUCACAUCCAACUCACCUCACACGUUUCCUCCCACCACACACCCUUCGAAAACCCAAAUGGCUCGGUCAUCACAACAGUCGAGGCAACCAAACCAAAGUCUUCCCAAGGAUUUGACUCCGGUGUCACCAGUCAAACGUCCGUCGAGCGUUCUAUCACUACACUUCGGCCCGAUUCAUCAAGGCCAUUCCCACCGAACUACCAGCUCCCGACACAAAGACGGAUGUCGUUCAGACAAUACAUCCUCAUGCCAUCUCUGUUCUUUUUGGCAUUGCUCACAACGUGGGUUACACCAACUAUCAAUCGAGUCUCUGCGUUUAUCCAUCCGGGAUCGGAAUCCUAUUCGCUUUUGUUGGCUGUCAGUGCACUAGGGUCCCUUCGUGGAUUUUGGAAUGGCGUCAUCUUCGUCACUAUGGGGAUGAAGGGCUGGAAACAACGAGCGAUUGAACGAAGGACACGAUAUAAAGCAAGGCACGGUGUUAGAUAA